AUGUUUAGUUCAACUGAUAUAGGUUAUGUUUGUCUAACACAUCUAAGAAUGGUAAAGGAGGGACACAAGGACCUUCUGAAAGGAGCAAAAGAAGAUUUUGAUAAACUGGUCAAUGAGACACCUCCGCAGGAAGCAGACCUUGGCCCCUUAAUAGAGUCACGACAGUAUUUGGAAAAGUGUAUACAGGAAGUUGAAUAUUUGUUACAGUCCUCUUCUUUAGAGCAACCCGAUCAGGAUAUUAUUUUGGAUCAGCAGGCUGAGCAGGAGCUACAGCGACAACAGCAACAACAGCAGCAACAACAACAACAGCAACAACAACAACAGCAGCAGCAACAUCAUCAUCAUCAACAACAACAACAGAGACAGCAGCAAAACAUACAACAGCAAAUUCAGCAGCAAGAUCCACAACAGCAACCGCCAGGACAGAGACAGCAAAAUGAGACACCAAAUGAAUCAUACAACAAAGUAUCGCCGCUAAAUCGCGAUUUGCAUCCAUCUAAGCUUAAGACAGACAUGUCGAAUACAACGAUACAGAAUAAACUAGGUAAGAAGAGAACUCAGUCUUCCCGCGGUCAGCGACAGGUUCAAUCAUCUCAAUCUUCGAACUCGCCGCAGCCUGUUUCGAUCCCCGUAGACGAUAGCCAGGAUAUCGUAUCAGAGUCGACAGCAAGUAACAUAUUGAACACCAACUCUAUCUCCCAGUCAAGCCCUAGUACCGUUGUCUCAGUUGAAUCCGUGUUCAACCCCCCUGCCGAUAUGUCAAUAGAAGUAACAGCAUCCUCGGGCGAUACUAAUACUGCCAAUAGAAUGGAAUCUAACGUGCCAGGUUCUGAAGGAUUGGACGUAUCUAAGGUAGAUAGAAGAAGUUCGUGGAGCUUAGCCCAUACAAUCUCCAUUCAAGGGCGAGCAGAUCCUGUACGCGCCACUGAGUUUGUAUCCCGAAAUUCGCUACUUACUGCCACGGAUGACGGUGCAAUCAAUUUGUGGGAUCUAUCUAAAGGGGUCUCGCGACUUGUGCAUUCAUAUCAGGGACACCAUGGAGUUAUAUCUUCGCUUGCAUACUCCAGUUCGACUGGCAUAUUUUACUCUGCUGGUCAAGAUAGAACAGUGAGAUACUGGAACAAGAAUCCAACCAAAAAUUCGCGACCCAAUGUAGGGAUCCUCACAGGUCAUACUAAUUUUAUCUGGGAAUUAGCUAUGCAUGAAGAAAGUGGCUAUCUAGCAAGUUGUUCCUCGGAUGGAACUAUUCGACUAUGGGAUACCACUAAUCAUCAGUUAAUAUCUGCAUUAGGAAAAGGAAUGGGCGCAAAUUCGGCAACUCAGCCAACAUCGCUAGAUGAUAAGGGACUCCCUAUCACGACAAUAAAAUUUCAUGAUAACGGUAAAAAAUUGAUUGUCGGUUACGAGGAUAGUCACAUUGAGUUGAUCGAUAUUGAAACUGGCAAAACGAUAUUCGACUACGAAUCAGUAAUGUCGCGGUCGGACAAUAUAUAUCACGAUUCAAAUAGCCCACCAAUUAGCAAAGUUGUUGUCUCACAGCACGAUAAUCUGCUUUUGGGGGCUUACUCGGAUGGAUAUGUUCGCCAGUUUGAUCUAACAUCGGGUUCAUGUGUCCAUGAAUUACGGGCUCAGCCAGACAGUGUAUCUAGUGUUUCUGUAUCACCCAGCGGUGGAGAAUUUAUUUCGGGUGGGAAUGAUGGUAGUGUGAACAUUUGGUCUAUCCAUUCACAAUCCCUGAUUAGCCAGCUGCAUAGCCACAGGUCGGUAGAGGGUUGUCUUGAUGUCUACUGGCAAAGCCCCUCUACCAUAGCCAGUGCCGGAGGCGAUGGUGUAACUCGUGUAUACACCUCUUCGCUAAACUAA